GCGCGCAGGAGCGAGCGGGGCGCGCAGGAGCGGGACGCAGCAGCCAAGGCCUCUCUCUGCUUCCUGACCCAGGAAGCUCCCGGCGGGCGGGCCCUGCUGACUAUGCGGGCGGCGCCCAGUGCCCGCAUCCCCGGACCGUUUCUGCGCGCUGGAGAAGAAGGGCGGGUCGCGGCGGCCUGGCUCGUGGAGCCCGCGCGGCGGUGCUGAAAGAACAGCUCCCGCCCUUGCUCGGCCCAUGGUCCCCACCGCGGCCGGCCGCUCCCAGGCUCCUGCGGCCCCGGGGCCCCGGGGAUGCCCGGCGGGUGAGGCGGCCCCGUCCGAGCCGCGCUCAUGGCUGUGGCCAGGAAGAUCAAAACUUUGCUGACGGUCAACAUCCUGGUGUUCGUGGGCAUCAUUCUCUUCUCGGUGUACUGCCGCCUGCAGGACCGUUCUGAGGCGCUGGUGCAGGUCGUGCGAGGCGCCGACCGCCGGAUGCGCAAUCGGCUAUCCAAGUCGAGUGCUCUGGUUGACCGUGAGGCCAUCCUACAGCGCCUGGACCAUCUGGAGGAGGUGGUCUACAACCAGCUGAAUGGCCUUGCAAAGCCCAUUGGGCUGGUGGAGGGGCCAGGUGGCCUGGGCCAGGGAGGAGUGGCUGCCACUCUGCAGGAUGACAGCCAAGAGACCGAGGGCAAGUUCGAGGACUUUGGGUACAAUGCACAGCUCAGUGACCGCAUCUCCCUGGAUAGGACCAUCCCUGACUACAGGCCCAAGAGGUGCAGACAGAUAACGUAUUCUGAAGACCUGCCCCAGAUCUCUGUGGUCUUCAUCUUUGUCAACGAGGCACUGUCAGUCAUCCUGCGUUCUGUACACAGCGUGGUCAACCACACACCCUCCCAGCUUCUGAAGGAAGUCAUCCUGGUGGAUGAUAACAGUGACAAUGUGGAACUCAAGUUCAAUCUGGACCAGUACGUUCACAAAAGGUACCCAGGCCUCGUGAAGGUUGUACGCAACAGCCGUCGGGAAGGUCUGAUCCGUGCCCGGCUGCAGGGAUGGAAGGUGGCCACGGCUCCCAUCGUUGGCUUCUUUGAUGCCCACGUGGAGUUCAACACUGGCUGGGUUGAGCCUGCCCUUGCACGGAUCCAGGAGGACCGCCGGCGCAUCAUCCUGCCAGCCAUCGACAACAUCAAGUACAACACGUUUGAGGUACAGCAGUAUGCCAGCGCUGCCCACGGCUACAACUGGGGCCUGUGGUGCAUGUAUAUCAUCCCCCCGCAGGACUGGCUGGACCGAGGUGAUGAGUCAGCGCCCAUCAGGACACCUGCCAUGAUCGGCUGCUCAUUUGUGGUCGACCGGGAGUACUUCAGGGACAUUGGCCUGCUGGACCCAGGCAUGGAGGUGUAUGGUGCAGAGAACAUUGAGCUGGGGAUGCGGGUGUGGCAGUGUGGUGGCAGCAUGGAGGUACUCCCCUGCUCCCGAGUGGCCCACAUCGAGCGUACCAAAAAGCCAUAUAACAAUGACAUCGACUACUACGCCAAGCGUAAUGCGCUGAGGGCGGCCGAGGUGUGGAUGGAUGAUUUCAAGUCCCACGUGUACAUGGCAUGGAAUAUCCCCAUGACAAACCCAGGAGUGGACUUUGGGGAUGUGUCUGAGAGGCUGGCCCUGCGCCAGAAGUUAAAAUGCCGAAGUUUUAAGUGGUACCUGGAGAACGUGUACCCUGAGAUGAGGAUCUACAACAACACCCUCACGUACGGAGAGGUGAGAAACAGCAAAGCCAGUGGCUACUGCUUGGACCAGGGGGCAGAAGACGAUGACCGAGCCAUCCUCUACCCCUGCCAUGGCAUGUCUUCACAGCUGGUGCGCUACAGUGCCGACGGUCUCCUGCAGCUGGGCCCCCUGGGCUCAACUGCCUUCCUGCCAGACUCCAAGUGUCUGGUAGAUGACGGCCGGGGACGCAUGCCCACCCUGAAGAAGUGUGAGGAUGUAGCCAGGCCUACACAGAGGCUAUGGGACUUCACCCAGAGUGGUCCCAUUGUGAGCCGAGACACAGGUCGGUGUCUGGAGGUAGAGAUGUCUAAAGAUGCCAACUUUGGGCUGCGCUUGGUGGUCCAGCGUUGCUCAGGGCAGAAGUGGAUGAUCCGAAACUGGAUCAAACACGCCAGGCACUGACCUCUGCCCCCAGCCCACCUCCACACAUUCGGGCCCCUGGACUCUUGAGUGUUCCAGGACUCAGAAGGUCCUGGGCUGGAGCCAAGAGCAAUGUGGGCCCUUGCACACCUCAGGGCUGGGCCCUGGCACCAGGGAUAGCUGAGACCUUGGAAUAGCAGCUCCAGCCUGCAUUAGGAACCAAACUUUUGUGGAACAGGCAGCUCUGCCCGAGGGAGGACAUCUGAGGACAGCGCACACUCAUGCCAAAUCACGUGCCUUUUCUACAGUGUUCCGUGUUCCUCAGCCGGCUAUGAGGAUAGCCGCCACGCAUGCGCUAAGUCCCUGUACAUAACCCAUAUGGAGACAAACAGACUCAGCUAUACCGUGCUUGAGGGCAGGUGCUUCCUCACGCCAAGCACCCUGUCCUAGCAGGUUCGAGCCUCUCAGCUCAGCUGCCCUCGCUCGCCUGCUCAACCUCACCAUAACCUAAGGCGAACUUCAAGGGUGGCCGCUUGUGUUCUGGUAACAGGGCAAUGGGAAGAGAUGACAGGGAUGAGACCCAGUGGACCUUUCUUCCCGAGGGUCAGCUUGGCAGUCACUGGGCGCGGGUGCUCAGCCUGGGAAGUGAGUCUCUUGUUGCUCUGCCGUUUCUGCAGCAGGCAUCAUCAAAUGGUCCCUCCAGCCCUCUCACUUGUUUUAUAAAUAAAGUUUUAUUGGCACACAA